UGAUUUCAUUUUCGUCUGUUAAUGGCGUUGACUUUGUGAAAUCUCUGACAAUUGUAAUUGCAUUCUCCUGAAAACGUGGAAGAGAGGAUCUGCAUUUGCUUUAACUUCAACGUCGUUCAGAUGUCUGAGAUGGAAGAUGGAAACCCUAGUUUCACAGUGGAUGAAGCACUUGUGGCGAUGGGAUUUGGGAAGUUCCAGCUGUACGUCCUUGCUUACGCUGGAAUGGGUUGGGUUGCAGAGGCCAUGGAGAUGAUGCUCCUCUCUUUCGUCGGACCUGCUGUUCAAUCGCUUUGGAAUCUCUCUGCACGAGAGGAAAGCUUAAUAACCAGUGUCGUUUUUGCUGGCAUGCUCAUUGGAGCUUACGCUUGGGGCAUUGUUGCUGACAAACAUGGCCGCAGGAAAGGGUUUAUCAUAACCGCGGUGGUGACUUUCGUAGCUGGUUUCUUGAGCGCAUUUGCACCAAACUACUUGUGGUUGAUCAUUCUCCGCUCUUUGGUUGGUCUUGGGUUGGGAGGAGGUCCUGUUCUUGUCUCCUGGUUUGUUGAAUUCAUCCCUGCGCCUAACCGAGGGACUUGGAUGGUUGUCUUCUCUGCUUUCUGGACCGUUGGAACCAUAUUCGAGGCUUCACUGGCUUGGCUAAUCAUGCCAAGUUUGGGUUGGAGGUGGUUACUUGCUCUCUCUUCUGUACCUUCAUCGUUGCUUCUUCUGUUCUAUAGGUGGACACCCGAGUCUCCUCGCUACUUAAUCCUACAAGGACGGAAUGCUGAAGCUCUUUCCAUUUUGGAGAAGAUUGCGAGAGUGAACGGAACACAACUACCUAAGGGUGUUCUCAGCUCAGAGAUUGAAACCGAGCUCGAAGAGAAUAAAAGCCUUCCAACAGAGAGCACUCAUCUUCUCAAGCCUGGAGAAGUCGGAGAAGCUGCUCCUGUGCCGGAGAUAGUGCUAAAAUCUGACAAGAAAGUAGCGGGUUCUUCGUUACUAGCUCUUCUAUCUCCAGAGCUAAUCAAGCGGACUUUGCUACUAUGGGUUGUAUUCUUUGGAAAUGCGUUUGCUUACUACGGCGUUGUGCUUCUCACCACCGAGCUGAACAAUUCACAAAACAGUUGCUAUCCAACCGAAAAAAGAUUAAAAAAUUCUUCAAACGAUGUUAACUACAGAGAUGUUUUCAUCGCCAGUUUUGCAGAGUUUCCAGGACUACUUAUAUCAGCAGCAAUGGUGGAUAGGCUUGGACGAAAAGUGUCGAUGUCAUCGAUGUUAUUCAUCUGCUGCAUUUUCUUGUUUCCUCUGUUAACUCAUCAAUCUCCAUUCUUAACCACUGCUCUUCUCUUCGGCGGACGUAUCUGCAUCUCGGCUGCUUUCACGGUGGUUUACAUCUAUGCUCCGGAGAUAUAUCCGACGGCGGUUAGAACGACAGGAGUAGGAGUGGCGAGCUCGGUGGGGAGAAUCGGAGGAGUACUGUGUCCACUCGUGGCCGUUGGAUUAGUUCACGGAUGCCAUCAGACGAUCGCAGUUCUGCUCUUCGAGGUUGUGAUUCUUAUCUCAGGAAUCUGCGUUUGUCUCUUCCCCUUCGAGACCAGUGGUCGUGAACUGACAGAUACUAUCUCCGCGUCCAAACAGCCCUCUUCAACCACCGUAUAGCCAAUUCUUUGACCAUUGUAGUUGAUAGUUGUUCAAGGAAAGGGAAAAAAGAAACAGAGUGAUUGCAAUUAGUUUGUAUACAUCACAGUGUAGGUAAUAUGAUAUCUCAUAUAAGAAGACAGAAUAUAAACUUGUAAUUUUGUUAAACAGACUAUCUGAAAUACACUCUCAUCUGUAGUGGUAAAGACUAUACCGUUUAAUAGUGUUACUAAUUACAAAAGUAA